UGAAUUUUUUUUUAUUUCUUCCUUCCACUCCUGUCUAUCACUCCCCACUUACCUACCUCUCCCCACUCACAUUGGGAGCUCUCUCCCUUUUAAGAAAUAUGGAUAAUGAUGAAACACAAAUCAAUAGAUCAGUCAUAUCUCAAAAUACAUGUCUUAUUCUCUACCUUUAAUUCCUCACAACUCUUCCAAGAAGCAUGUGGUAAAUAUUCCUGGUAAGUCUUUUGAAGAUACAAUUUAUCACUACUUUGGUCUGAGUUCUGAGAUUUUUCAAAGUUGUGUACCCUCUAGUGAUUGUUUUGAUAAUCACAUAUAUUGUUCUUCUACUUCUCCCUAGUUCAUUCCACACCAGUCAACAAAAAUGUUUCCAUAUUAGGACUCCAAAGAAGACACAUUCAUUACCUGAAUGGGCUUGUAGGAGAUGCUCAGUGAAUGUGUCCUGAAUAUGUUAAUAGAUGUAGCCAAAACUUAUUUAUGUGAUCUCUUUUAAUUUCUUUUUCUUCUAUCUAAUAGGCACGCUUUCCAGGACAGAUGUCUAGCAAUAACUGCACUGCUGUGACUGAUUUCAUUAUUUUGGGAUUGACAGAUGACCCAAUCCUAUGUGUCAUCCUCUUUGUGAUAUUUCUAGGGGUUUAUGUUGUCACAAUGGUUGGUAACCUUAGCAUAAUCAUAUUGAUCAAAAAUAGCUCCCAGCUUCAUACUCCAAUGUACCUUUUCCUCAGUCAUUUGGCUUUUGUCGAUAUCCUGAUUUCUUCAUCUGUCACACCUUUCAUGCUUAUGAACUACCUUGAGGACACAACCGUAAUCUCUUUUGGAGGUUGUUUAGCCCAAUUGUGUUGUGGAUGCACCUUUGGGGCUUCUGAGUGCUUCCUGCUGGCUGUGAUGGCUUAUGAUAGGUAUGUGGCCAUUUGUAGCCCCCUACUUUACUCCACCAACAUGUCUACUAGGGUCUGCACUCUGUUACUCACCACAUCCUACCUAGGUGGUUGUAUAAAUUCUUGGACUUUUAUUGGUUGCUUAUUGAAUCGGUCCUUCUGUGGACCCAAUAAGAUUAAUCACUUUUUCUGUGAUUAUUCACCACUUUUGAAGCUUUCCUACUCCCAAGAUGAUCUUGCUGAAGUUCUUCCUGCUGCCUCUGCUGCAACAAUACUCAUGGUAACAGUGUUAGUUAUCAUAAUUUCCUAUGUAUAUAUCCUCUUCUCUGUUUUGAAGAUAAGCUCUACUAAGGGGAGAUCCAAAGCUUUCUCAACUUGCACUUCCCACCUGACAUCAGUCAUUCUGUUCUAUGGAACCCUUACUUUCAUUUAUGCAAUGCCUAAAUCCACCUAUUCAACAGAUCAAAAUAAAAUGGUUUCUGUUUUCUACAUUGUAAUGAUUCCCAUGCUGAAUCCCCUGAUCUACAGUCUAAGGAACAAUGAAGUAAAAGGGGCCUUGAGAAAACUGAUGAAUAGAAAAUACUUUUUUUCAUGA